UGCUUGAAACCUGGGGAGAUACACAGCUGCGCCAGAUACAUGGGGAAAUUCGUGGUCGGCCUCCCCACCCCCGUGGCCUGGGCUCCAAUCAGUGUGCGCGCUGGACGUCUUGCCCCACGUCCCCUUUCCCUCUGUCCCGGGGCGUCCACGGGAGGUGACCAUGGCUGCAGGCUGGUUUUCUUUAUUCAAAGGUUAUAGGCGAAGUUGCACUGGAUGCACAGGUGCAAUGGCAGCCCUGUUGGCGUCCGUGGGCAUGUCCUGAUGGACCACCUGCACUCGGCUGCAUUGGACAGACAGAGGGCUUCCUGGCUCUUUGACCCACCUGGGCCGGCAGAGGAGCGCUGGUCAAUACCACCGGGGGGCUUGCUGCCUCUUUCCCUCAGCUCUCCAGCCCCACGACCCAAUCGGAGAAGAUGCUCCCAGCACCCACUGGCCACCGAGGACCCCAACAAGGAAGCCCAAUUUGGAGACAAAGGCCGGACGCUGGGGACAAAUACUCAUGGCGAUUGUCGGCGGGAGCGGCCAGGCGGCCAGGCGAGGCCCACAAAGGGGCGGGGGCGGGGCCGGGAAUGGGCCUGGGCUGCACUUGCCACCGUUGCCCGGGCGACGGCCCUCUCCGGGAGAGGUCUGCUGGGCCAUUGUCCGGGGCACACAGGACGUGUCAUACACCAGAUGGCCGUGUGCUGUGGAAGUCAGUUACGGGGCGGAGUGAAGGAAUGCGGCCGCACGGCGGGCCGGGGCGCCAUCUGUUCCCUCAGACCGCGGGCACCGGCGGGCGUUGCGCGCCCGGCCGGCCGGCCCAGCCUCCACCGCGGCUUUAAUUAGCUAAUUCCAUAAUUGGGCUUUAUUUCAGGUAAAUUGCAUUUCACACCCGAGAGGGCUGCAAUGGCCCGUCCAGGAGUGACGCGCUCGGGGCACUUUGCGCGCCGUCGAUAAUACGCACAACAAAGCGGCGCUGGGUGCAGGGGCCGCGCCCGGCCCAGAUGGGCGGCCCGCGAGCGGGAGCGGGCGCAGCGCGGGCUGGGGGCCGGCGGGCGGCGGCGGGGCGGGGGCUGCGCGGAGGGCCCGCGCUCCAGCCAGCCGCCUCCUGGGGUUUCCACAAAUAUUUACUCAACAAGGAAACAACAGCUUUUGCCUUUCCAGUAAUUGUUGCCCUUGCCCCUCCCCCCGGGGGGUGCCGGCUGGGGAGGCCCCGGGCCCUCCCUGCCCACCCCUCCCUCCUUGAAGGGCCCUGCGGCCUGGGGCGGGGCGGGGGGCUUGUCUCACGGGGAGCUACCCAGAGAGCUUGCUGCAGGAGGGGGCUUGGCUCCAGCAGAUGGCGAGGGGACCAGAACAUCCAGCAAAGACACCAGUGAGCGCAGAGGCUCAGAGGGCGGGCUGGAGUCGGGGACAGGGACAGCCAGCCUGCACGUGCCCCCGGUCACUGGGGCCACCCCACCCCCAACACCCCAAGGCCAGUGGGUUGGGGUUUCUGGCCACCUCCCCUGGCCGGGGUGGGUGCAG